AUGUUGAUCGAGGCCUCUGCCAACGAUAAUUACAUGAAAACGCUCUCCUUGGGGAGCUUUCCACUGAAGGUCCUUGAUUUUCAAGAGCUGCCUGACUUCUUCCAGCAGACCGUGUUUGUGGACUAUCAGCUCCAGUUGCUUAUCCAACACGAUCUCGGCGACGCUAUUGCCUCCAGAAAAAACUCUGAAGCUGCUAAGCUGGCGCUGGAGAAGUUGGCUCAGUUGAAAAAUUACAUAUCGUCCGUUGGUGCCAAUUACUCUGCCAGAAACAAGUCUUACGAGGAAGCUCUCUACCACACCGUGGUGUUGGCCGACUUGCACUACUUGAGCGGGGAAUACGAGCAAAUGCUGGCCACUCUCUCGUCGUUCACGUUGUCGAAGUCGCCCAGACUUGACUCAGAGGCCCAAGAGGACUUAGUGGACUACUUGACCGCCAGGUUCUACGCCCUCUACGGCUCUGGAAAGAGAGACGGUGCUUACAAACAUUGGCUUGAGUACUUGACCAACUUGACAAAGUACGGAACCAAGAGUCAGAUUGCCGCCAAUCGCUGGCAGGACACUAUCUUGCUCAGAGUCGUUGGCCUUUUAAGCUCCAACGGUACCAGACCUCUUCGUUUCAAGGACAUUCUUGCUCAAUCGUUCAACGAAAACGCUUGCAGCAUAACUGCCAUCUCGAGUUUCUGCUUGAGACCAGAGAACGAGAAGCACGUCGUCAAGGAGUUCCGUGGAGAUUUUAUGGUGUUUUUGACCGAGUUGGUGAACUCCAAGAUUAAGCAAAAGAGGGACUUCCCUGAUGCUCUGGCCGAGCUCAGCGAAGAGGACGACUUCAUUGACUCCCUUUACGAAGCUCUUUACGACAUCUCCACCCAGCGCCCACUUGUGGCCCAAGUGCUCAAACCAAAGCUCUCCAAAAAGUUCUUGGUGAACAUGACCGAAAAGACAUACCAGAGUUUCACCGUGCUCUCGAACUUAAUCAGAACAUUGCUUGACUUGGAGGAGUACGACGAGGCCAUCGCUGCCCUCAAGACCUACAUCGACUACGUUGAGAAGGAUCUGGAACAGAACCACGGCAGAGUUAAGAACAUCUUAGACGUCAUUGACAUUUACACCAUGUGUAUCCAGCACUUCAACCCCAAACACUCCAUGAUCCCUUCUUCUCAGGAAGCCGACAUCCCCAAGAAGUUCCGCUACAACAGCUUGUACUCUGUAGUGGAGCAGCUUAAGAGCUUUUCCAAACAGCUUUUACACUUCUUGGACGAGCUUGCUAAAGUUGCAGACUUACAGUAUGACGAGGCAGCCGGCUUGCAAGACAACAGAUUAUCUUUCUUGUACCACAGAUACAACACCAACUUGGUGAUGACCGACCAGUCUAAGUUCGUGCGUAUUGUGUCGAAGGCCUGGUUUGUGAUGGGUGACCUCCAUUCCUACUUGGCUUCUCACCUGUCUGCCACUCACGAGAUCAUGAAGGACAACACCGAGACUGUUCUCAAGUACUGGAAAAACAGUUUGAUUGUCAACUCCACCGGCAACUCCACCUUGCUCUUCAAGUAUGCGUUGGAAUUGUCUUACAACAACCUUGUGGAGCCAGCCUUGAAGUUGUGUAAGUUUGCAUUGAAGAAAUACCCUGAGCAGUUCCAGAUCUGGAACUUGUUAGUUUUGUUGCACUCUGCCGCUGAGGCUGAAAAGAGCAGCGCAGAUAAUGAAACCAACCAGGCGAACCACGCUGCAAUCUUGGACGACCUCAAGAAGUCCGGCACUGACCAGACCAGCUUAUAUGAGUCUGAGCGGUUCGUGGAAGAUGCUUUGAACAUUGCUGGUCUUUACAUGCAAAAGUCCAAACAAAAGGGAACUCCCAUCUCAUUCCAGAAGAAGUACUCUAUCUUGCAAUUGAAGAUGACGCAGCUUGCUAUGUGGGAGGCAAAACACGGCAUCGAGUUCAUCUUGGACUCCAUCGCCGAAGUCUUUGUCUUGUACCGCGAGUUGUUCGAGCAAAGCGAUGUCAAGGACUACAACCAGAAGGAAUUGCCACCUCAACCUCAGCAUUUGAACCCAGUUCAAUCCAUUGCAGAAAGCAAAUGGUCGCAUCGUCCUAGCGUUGUUGACCCUGCCAUUCCCGAGCUCAAGGUUGACAAGUCCUCCCUGAGAGAGCACCGUGCUGCUAAAGACAGACUCAAGAGAAAGGUGUCUUCCAAGAACGACAGCAAACCAGAGCCUAGACCAUCCAAGCCCGCUGGCCGUGUGUUGCAGGAAGUAUGGUUGUGGGCAGCCUCGAUCUACCUCAGAUUGGGCUCGCUCCAGGAGGCUGAGGAGUGUAUUGUCGAGGCCGAGACCGUGGCUCCACCUAGUGUCAGGACGUAUACUUUCUUGGGACUCUUGACGUCCAAGUCCCGCAAAUUCUUGUCACUCCAAGAGUUCGAGAGAUCUUUAGAGGAGUUCCACCACCCCGAGGAGAAAUUCAACAAGAAGGCUUACUCUGUUACCUUGCUUGGUAUGUGCAAGCUUUUCAUUGAGGACGACGAACCUGAGAGCUCGCUUUUCAUCUCCAACAAGGACUUGGAUGCUGGAUUGAUCAGAGUCAAGAACUACUUGGAAGAGUACAGCAACUGCUGGCCAUACGGGCACAACAGCCCUGAACUUUGGUACUACCUAAGCACCAUUUAUGAGAAAUUUGACGACAAGCUCUUGUUCAACGAGGCACUCUGGAAGUGCGUCGAGCUUGAGAACAAGCGCCCAGUCAGAGCUUACCAUGUGUGCGAGGAGUGGGCCGUAACAUACUGCGACGUUUGCUCAUUUCCUCCAGAAUACUGUGAAUUCGGAGGCCAGUUCAGAAAAUGCAGAGAAUGGCUCAGCGAAAACCACAAGGAGAUUUUUGAAAAGUUGUACAGUGAUGCUGCUUUGGCCAAUGCUACUCUGACAUUGUCGAUCGAGAAGGAGGAGAAGAUCCACAAGGACUUGGAGAAGAAGCAGGCCAAGGAGGAGGCCAAGGCUGAGCGUGAGUUGAAGAAGAAACUUGCGUCCAAGGUGGUGAUCAAGAGAAUCGAGAGAAACAGAAGAAAGCACGUCAUCUCCAUCGGCGGUUUGGAGGUUUUCAAUAUCGAUAUGAAGAAGUUGUCCAAGACUUUUGCACAGAAAUUUGCAACAGGUGCUUCUGUGGUGAAAAACGCCGAAAAGAAGGAUGAGAUUGUCGUUCAGGGAGACGUCAGUGACGAGGCCAGGGCGUACAUCGAGAAGUUGUUGGAAGAGAAGGGCUUGGAUGAGGUCAAGGUGGAGCAGAUUGACGAUAAGAAGAAGAAAAAGAGGGAGGAGGCUGCUGCCGCCGCUGCUGCUGCGGGCAAGAACUAG